UGAUUGGCUGUCUCCCAUUCCCACGCUGCCGCAGCCGCCGCCAGUGAUGAUGCUGGUGUGGGCUGCUGUGGGUACCACCAGGCGGUGACACGCCGCUCUCAGGCCAGUGCAGGGGGGCGGGAGGGGGAGGAGUACGGCGGCUGUGGCGGUUGCUAGGAGAGACAUCGCUGCUCCUCUCACCCGUACUCCGACGCCCCCGCAGAGCCCCCCUGGGGGAGGAGCCGCUCUGACAUGUUCUCCGCCAGCUGCCGCAGCAGCGAUCAGAAAUGGCCGAGCUCAGCCGGGAUUCGGUGAUUCGCUUCUUGAGGGAGCAGGGUGGCCGGGUGCCCAACCAACAGCUGGUGGAUCAUUUCCGGGCACUGUUGACCGAGCCGCUCCCCGGGGAGCCCCGCGCCGCCGCCCGCCAGCUCUUUAAAGACAUCGUCAACGAGGUGGGCAGCGUGAGAGCGGAGGACGGGGUGAAGUACGUGUGCCUGCGGAGACGCUACCGGAUAGCCGUCCAGGACGCGCAGCAGGAUACCGGCGGUGAUCCGGUAGCAGCUGCUGAGCCCGAUGGUCGCCCCGAUCCCAGCACCGAAGUACCGGAGACGCCCGCCGUGAGCCCUGGCGCCAGGGAGAGCAGCCCUGAGCCGAGCACCGGGGACGAGACGUCAGAGGAGCCGCAUACGGUCCCCAGAGAUGAGGGCGCUCAGGACACCGGUCCCGGGGAGGAGACCGGAGACGAAUCCCCACAGAGCGUAGCCUCCCCGGCAUACGAGGCGCCCCCGAGCAUCUCCGUGACCGAGGAGCCUGAGGAGAGCGGGGACGGCCGCCCCGAGCAGCAGCAACCCCCGGAGCAGGCUCCGCUCAGCAGGAGGACUCCCCGGAACAGCCGCAGGGGCGCCCGGGAGCCGGUGUCCCCGCAGUUACGGCGGGUAGGUGUGCUGCUCCGGGCCGGGGUGCGGGACUCGGACAGCUCGUCCCUGCACAGCUCAUCCUCUGUGUCUGGGAACGAGGAGGAGGAGAGCGGCGCCGGGGGCUCCCUGUCCGGGCAGGCGGCGCUGGAGCCGCUGGAGCACGCCUGGAUGCUGAGCUCCUGCCGGGCGCGCUGGGACAGUCUGCAGGAGCUGCUGCUCUCCGAGCCCGGCCUCAUCACCCGCCGGGACUUCAUCACCGGCUUCUCCUGCCUGCACUGGGCCGCCAAGCACGGGCAGCACGAUCUCCUGGCCGCCCUGCUCGCCCACGCCCGCCAGCACCGGGUUCCCGUCAACAUCAACACCCGGGCGUCUGGCGGCUACACCGCGCUGCACCUGGCCGCCAUGCACGGCCACCUGGACGUGAUGAAGCUGCUGAUCGGAGCCUACGAUGCGGACCUGGACAUCCGGGACUACAGCGGCCGGAAAGCCUGGCAGUACCUGAGCCCGGACACUGCCCGCGACGUGCAGGUGCUGGUGGGAGCGUUACCUGCCGCCGAGGAGGAGGAAGAGGACGAGGGGAGCUCCGGCUCUGGCCGCUGGCGGCUCUCCAAGGUGCUGCCGACCCAGCUCAUCGUGCACCGGCUGGUGCAGCUCCCGGAGGAUGAGCCGGACGGCCGAGCAGAGAUCAGCAGGAAGGGCUCCGGGGGCAGCCGCGGGGAGAUCAGCAGGAAGGGCUCCGGGGGCAGCCGGGGGAAGCCUCGGCUGAAUAAGAUCAGGUUCAGGACGCAGAUCAUCCACAGCAACCUGUCCGCCAGGGACACGGGGGAGGAGGAGGACCGGCUGCUGAAGAGCCCCAUGAGGCACCGGCCCAAGUCCAAUGUGUUUGGCUGAGCAGCGUUGGUGCCCCUGGCUUAGGUACGGCCGCUGUAACUGUACUCUCACCCGGUGCCCAUUAUAUAAUGGCCCGUCAUCUGCACCGUGCCUCCUGGACAGCGGGUAUAUCACUAAUUGGUGCACCCUCCCUCAUACUGAUUGAUGGCAGAUGUUUGAAGCCUUAAAUUGAGAUGCAUAGGAGAAGUUGCCCAAAGCAGCCAAACAGCAUUUAAAAGUUUUAAAAGUCACUUCAGAGACUGUGCCUUGGGCAUCUCAUCCACUGUAUCUCUCUCAAGGGCUUGAUACACCUCCCCCUGGGGUGGGAGAGAGUGCUAAAUGGGGUUUAUGGCAAAUGUGGCACUGAAGUCUUCUAGUGUUCCUCAGCAAAUGACCUACUCACACUUCCUAACAUGCUUUGUACUUGGGUCACUGGUGAGUCAGAGGAGACCUGGAAAUUGGUUAGUGCUAAUAUACUACGAGGUGUGCCUAGGCCCCACCGUUACAGUGGUGAAAGAACGUUCAUUUAAUAUGUAUUUAUAUAUCUAAGAUACUUGAUUUUCCAGAUAACUUUUACAUGAAAAUAUUGCUGAGAAGAUAUGAUUUGCCCAAAGGACUGAAGCAGAUAGUUGUGUUUUUUUUGUUUGUUUUUUUUAGUCAAUCAUUUUGCACAAUUUUUCUGUAACUCCAAUUUCAUUUUGGACAUCCAAACCAAAUCAAAGCUGCUACAGUGAUUUAUAGAACUGAGGCAUGUAAUGUGACAAUGGGAUCCGGUCUGAAGAUAGACAGUGCCUAGGUUGACAAUGUAUAGGUCGACAGUCACUAGGUUGACAUAUAUUUUCAAGGUCGACAGGGUUUCUAGGUCGACAUGAGUUUUCACAUUAUUUUUUUCUUUUUCUGAACUUUUUCAUACUUAACGAUCCAUGCGGACUACGAUUGGGAACGGUAACCUGUGCCAAGCGCAGCGAGGCACCUUGCCCGAAGCAUGGCGAGCCAUGCGAGGGGACACGGUGCACUAAUCGGGCUUCCCGGUCACUGUAUGGAGAAAACAACACCCCCAAAAAACAUGAAAAACUCAUGCCGACCUAGAACAUGUCGACCUAGAAACCCUGUCAACCUUCAAACCCUGUCGACCUAGUGACUGUCGACCUAAACACUGUCGAUCUAAUGAUCCACACCCCGUGACAAUACAGACGUAGCAGGCUGUAGGGAACUUACAUGUGGUCUAGCACUUGAUUUGAAAUGCAGUGUACCACAUUUAUAGGGAACAGUAUGUUGCUUAAUUGUUUAUAUGAAGAAUUCUAAAUAACUAUUUUUGUAUUUCAUGCGCCAAAUAUCCAGUGAUAGCACAUCACAUAAUUAGCACUUUUUGUAAAUGACUUUAACAUUCCAGGAAUAUGGUACUUCAUGUAAUUUUAAUAGGUCCCACAUAAAUGACUUGUACAAUGCACUGUGUCAUGCCAGUCACAUGUUCUCGUUGCUUGUAGUGCUUUUCUUUUACUAAAGAUGCAAGUAAAUGUGAAAAAAAGAGUUGUCUGUGUCACUGAUCAGUUUAUUUAAAAUGCAAUAACCGUAAAUAACAUUGGUUCUUUCAUAAAUGUCUAGUAAAGAUAUGUUAUUGAAUUAUAACCAAAACUAUCCCAUAGCUAUCUAUGUACAUAUAUUAUUGAGGCUAUUACUGCCCCAUUCCCUCCUCGGAGUAUAAAAUACAUGGUAAACAAUGA